AUGCAAAUGUCCACCAUCUACCGCGCAGCCCUCCUCCACCUCUCCGUGAAUCCAUUUCUCGCGCGCGCCUCAUCCCUGGGCUCACUCCACUCAGUCCUCCCACAGUGUGCCAUCCGCAUCGACCAAACCCGCGCCAUGAGCGACACACCCAAGACCAAACCGCUCUCUCUCCCUGAAAGUGACGGCACCAGCAAUUCCGUCCAAGGCUCUGGGGGAAUCAAACUCGACAUGAGUAGUGGUGGCACCGAAGUCAAGCUGGACCAUUUGGGUCCGAUGGUCGUGAAUGUGGAUGGGACAUUGUCGCAGAUUGGGAAUUGGGCGCAGAUGACGGAUUCAGAGAAGGAGAGUACGAUGCGGAUUAUUGGGAAGAGGAAUCAGAAGAGGUUGGAUGCUUUGAAGAAGGAGGGGAAAUGA